AUGCAAUACCAAUACCCCAGUAUUGUGGAUGCUCUCGAAAAUGCAACUACCUACCAUGGUCUUACGCUCACGGAGACUACCUCCCUUGCUGAUGGUAUUUUGCUUGAACCCCUUACAGAUAGGCUAUCGACUACGCUAACGAAUGUCGAUGAGCAUGUUGGUUCCAACCGUUCCGAACAGGAAUAUGGGAGCUACCCGUGGAGAGGCGCCUUGCAGCAAGAUGACCCCAGAUGCCGAGCGUCCUCAGCUUCAAGCAGUCUUGUAUUCGCCACACAACGUGAGGCGUGGAAUAUGCAGGCAUCGCCUUUCGCCAACUCAUCGCGGUUCCCCCGCGCCUAUGGGUCUUCAAGUCAAUAUCUGGCUGGGUACUGUCCGCCGUACGGUGUCGAUAUACCGACGAUAGAUGACUCGGUUGAUGGCAUAUUCAGCCCACGAGUACCGUAUAAUGCACACAAGUCGACGUCCUCGACGUCGUAUGGCGCCUUGAAUUACCCAUCUUUAUUACCAGUUUCCCUUGCCCCACCGCGCCAUUCGCCGACACUGUCCGAUGUCUGCGCGAGUAGUACGCUUGCCUUCGGAUGCACUGGGAACUCCAUCGAGAGCGUUGUCACCACAGACGCCUCGUAUUGUCUUGGGGUCGAAGAAAUCGAGGCUUUACGAGGAUUAUUAUCCCCUCUCUCGAGCUCUAGCUUUCCGUAUUCCCCAGAUAGAGAAUCCUUCUUCCAGGAUCCGGAGCGCAGCUUGCUCGCCGGUCAUCCGGGAGCAGAUAUAUCUACUUGCAAUAAUCGCAGCGAUUCUGGAGCUUGGUGGCAGCAUUAUGCAACCUCUCCCUCUGUCUAUUCCGAGGCGGGAUUCAACCUCGGACCCAUGCAGUACGGCGCAGAGGAUAUUAUCGCAACUUCCAAUCAGAACGUAGAGCCGUAUGAGGACGGGCACUCGAACGUGCCGAACACUGUCACGCAAUUGGCUCCGGAGACAGUGAAUGGCAGCAUUCCCACCGGCCUCGGCAUGAGGCAAACCAUUCCCGUUGACCCAGCACUGGACGACGGUCCGUUGUGGACACCUGCGUUUGUUGCGGAGACGAUGGUGAACGUGGUACCCGAGAGCUCGCAGCUGUCUGUUCCGUCAAGCAAUAGCGCAAGCGAGCGGUCUCAGUGGGCGAAAUGCCCUUGGGAGGAUCGAAUACCGGUUACGCAAGUCGACGCCGCAGCAGGAAAUUCGGCGCUCAAGGCUAAAAAGGAAGACAAGGAGAGUGGGAAGGCGGAUGGUAAGCAGCCCUUCCGUUGCCUCGCACAGAACCCAUGCGGGAAGCGGUUCGGGCGCGUGGAAGAGGCAAGAAGACAUUUUCGGACCGCACGCGUACACGCAGACGAGCGUAGUGCGGAACAGAGGUCCGCAUCUGAGGGUGCAAGGAAUGAUGCCGAGCGUCCAUUCAAGCGCGAGCGGGAACGGUGCGGUAGGGCAUACAGCAGAAGGGAUGGACUCCAGCGUCAUUGUAGGCGACAUCAUCGUGAUGGAGAAGAGGUGCAAGGAAUCCGAGACGGCCGUAAAUGA